UAUAACCCCACAACCCGAAAAUGAGGGGAUCCCAGUUGCAGUAGCUAUACAUGUAAUGUAAGGAACUUCUUCCAAGCACUUGAUUUUUAUCAAAUACAGUUUGAUCAUCAUGGCUUGCUUGGAGGAGUUUCAACACCUUAAAAUCCAACUGCAAGAGAUAAAAUCAGCCACUGGCAACUUCAAUGUCAACAAUGUUAUCGGACAAGGUGGAUUUGGAAAGGUGUACGAAGGAGUACUCUAUCACUGUAAGGGUAGAAGCAAGGUUGCUAUUAAGCGUCUGGAUCGUAACUAUGGGCAAGGAGACCUUGAGUUCUUGAAAGAGAUCCUGAUGCUUUCUGGUUACAAACAUGAAAAUCUCAUCUCUCUCCUGGGAUUUUGCGAUGAAGAUGGUGAGAAGAUCCUUGUGUACGAGUAUGCAUCCCAUGGAAGCCUGGAUCGCCACUUAAGUUCCACUUCUCUCACGUGGAGGGAACGUCUCAAGAUAUGUCUUGGGGCCGCAGUGGGACUGAGCUACCUUCAUGAUCCGAGGGACACGCAACAACGAGUCAUCCACCGUGAUAUUAAGAGCUCCAACAUUCUACUCGAUCAAUAUUGGAACGCCAAAGUUUCUGACAUGGGACUUUCAAAAAUAGGACCUGCAAAUCAGAAGCACACCUUUCUUGCCACGAAUGUUGUAGGUACCUUUGGGUACCUAGAUCCUAUGUAUGUGGAGAUGAGCAUCCUUACGAAAGAGUCAGAUGUAUACUCUUUUGGGGUGGUGUUGUUUGAAGUAUUGUGUGGGAGACUCUGCUUUCAAUAUCUCAAUGGUCAUUAUAACAGUUUAGUGCGAAUAUGGAAACAAAGCUACAAGCAAAAGAGAUUAGAUAACAUUAUCUUUCGAGAUCUAAAGGAACACAUCGAUCGGAUGUCAUUGGAAGCAUUUUCAGACAUUGCUUAUCGGUGUUUGCAUAAAUCUCGUGAAGAACGCCCACAGAUGUCUGAGGUUGUGGAACAACUUGAAAUUGCACUUCGGUUUCAGUCUCGUGUUGUGGAAAAAUUUGAGAUUGCGCUUCGGGUUCAAGAGAUUUCGGAAGGGGUGGAGUAUGAAGUCUACGGAUCCACAGAGGAACUAAAUAUGCUUCUCCCCAAUGGAAUCCCUGAAAUGAAUAAUUCGGGGAACAACAGGUGGAAUACAUGGAAAGCAGUCAUCAGGAGCAAUUUUAACAUAUUCUUGAACAUAUACUUUUCAACUCCGUGGGCUAUUAUAUCAACGAUGGCAGCUUUGCUAAUGUUGCUUCUUACAAUUGUACAGGUCUCUUUCAUUAUCAUUUCCUAUGAGAAUACAUUUUUGAGUCAUGUAAAUACAAAUACGCGCAUAUAGUUGUAGAUUUUUGAGCACGUAAGUAACAAUGAUACUACUUAGCUUGUGUAUGGAACAAUUGUUGAACUAGAUUAGGAUACAUAAAUGAGAUUACAACACUUCAACCUUGUA